CAUUGUCCUGCAGGAAAAAUCUGUUACAAAUAUUUACCAUGAGGGGAAUGCAAAGCCAUGGCCCGCAGCCAGCCAGACUCGAGCUGUAAAAUUCACGACAUUGCAUUUUUGAAUUAGCCACCUCCACCCAUCAUUCCUUUUAAACGGGGUUAAAAUUAUACCCCCACAUUUUUGUUAAUGAGAUCACACUGUCACAGGUUAUUAGUCAUUUAAUAGCCUUGACUUCAGGAUCUUAUGAUUUCCUGCAGCCCAAAUUCAUCCCAUAACUUAACAUUUUAACAGAGCUUACAGCAUGUGUACAGGGACACAGUGUGGUUAUACAUUUAAUGACUUCGGUUGGUCUGUGCAUUAGCAAAAUUGUAAUUCCCCUUAACUCAUAUAUAUUCUCAGCAAAUGCACACUAAUUUGCUUCCCUGGCCUCUAGUUUGUGUACGACGACAUAUUUAACUACCCCGCCUAUGUUUUUCUUGCAGAAAAAUCUGGAGCACAUCCCCGCACUACAUUUCUUAUUCCACAGGGUCCCCCUGUUAGAAUAAGCAGGAGAAGAAUGUCAUCUGGACUCUGAGGUACUCCUGAACCUCUACUGUCAAGGCUGAAAUCAAGGUGACGAGCCACAGCUGGAAUGCCCUGGAAAAACAUACUCAGAAGUGGUUACAAUGGGGAAGAAAUCCUCGAAAGCCAAUGGCCCCAGGGGGAGCCAAGGGCGCAAGUAUGAAGUUCCCCUUGCAAGACAAGUCCAGGCUCCAGAAAUGGGUACGCAACAUGAAGCGGGAGGAGUGGACCCCUAGUCGACAUCAGUACCUGUGCAGCGAGCAUUUUAAAGAGGACUGCUUUGAUAUUCGAUGGGGCAUCCGCUACCUGAAGAACACAGCCAUCCCAACCCUAUUUCCCUCCUUUGAGGAUGGUGGAGAGAAAAAAGUUACCACCAUUAAACAAAGCCCCAAGGCCAAACCCAGAACUUUAGACAUUAACAUUGAGCGCACCGGAGUUGACUCACCUCUCAGCAAGAGGCCGCUUAUUUUGGGCAGAACAUGCAAAAAGGUGCAGUCUAGUUCAACAAACAGCUUUGUCUGUGAACACACAGAGAUGAUAUUUGAACCACCUCGGUUGUCGGACACUGGCAUGUCCUGUCAUUCAAAUCUCUCAUCAGAGAUACAGACUGCUGCUUGUGAGAUGCCAGGCGACAGCGGAAUGCCAACAGCGUCUUGCAUCACCCUGUCCCCAUGCAGUGAGCCCCGUGCUGAAGAAAAGGCUGACUCGAUUGUUACAGUUUUGUGCUGUGAGUCAGUGGGCUCUUUCUCUGAUGGAGAGGAAAACGUGGAGGCAACUGCCCUCCAGGCAGCAAUGGGCCAGGCUUUUAGCUAUGUCCCUGUAGAAUUGGUAAUGGACAAACCUAAAGCCUCUUUUUUGGAGGAUAGGGGACCCAGCGAUGGCGAGCACAUUUAUGUUUAUGAGCACUCGUACUGCAGACCGGACACUGACAAAGAUCAGCUUUGGCGGAGGAUCUUGAGUUUGCAUGCAAAGAUCUUGGGACUGGAUCGCAGGGAGGAGAGCACUUUGGCCAAAAUCCGUGCUCUGGAGACUGAGGUAGCCCUACUGAAAAGAGAUGGCGUUGUUUUUGAAGAAAAGCAGAAAAUUUUAGAAGAUUAUAUAUCAUCCAUGUUGCUCUGAUUUUGCAGGCUAAGGACUCUGUAAUGACACUGUUGGUGUCUACUGUUACCAUUGAGUCUCUUUUGCUAAUAUAUUGCACAGGCUCGCUCCCAUGCAUAAAGCACAUCAGCACACAGUCUUAUUAAACUUUAUUGUAACUCAGUGCCCUGCAAAAUUGCACUCAUAUCUUUAUUACAAUAAGCCUUUUUUCACUGCAGACAUUUUGACAUGUCACAGUAAAAGCACAGGGGUUUAAAACGUAAAACGAAUGAGGACUAAAUUUAAUUUAGCUACUUUUGUGCAUAUUGUCACACUGCUAUUGCACAUUUCCCACUGUAUGACAAGUUUAAACGUCUGCUGUAAAAAAAAAAAAGGCCCAUUGUAAAUGUUUUAGUCCACUCUGUGGCACUGUAUGACCAUAUUUACAGGAAGUGUUUCAAAGCUUCACUCGAGCAUUGAUUUCCAGCAGUUUGUUCAGUAGGAGACUAGGAGUUAGAAGUGGCAUAUGUCAUCAGGAGGUGGCAUGUCUGGGCAUGUGCCACUUCAUAGACGUAAAAUAUAACUUAACAUUCUGAAACUUUCAACAUACCACUGAUCAUUUAGACGUAAAAUAUAAUUUUAAAUGUAAAAAUAUAAUUUUAAUGUCUACACCCAAGUGACAUAAACGGGCUGGUUAAAGAAGAAAGCGGCUUACGGGACAAUUAAAGACACGCAGGAAACGAACCUCGGUCUCUUGGGUGAAAGUCCUGUGUUUUUAUGGCAUAUGCCACGUAAAAUUGGCAUACGGAGGUACAUGCCACUGCCACGUGUCACAUGUUGUCUCAAUACAUCCAUGCCACUUAAAAAUUUAACUCCCUCUCAGCUUGUUGCUGUGCGUUACUGAUACAUGUCUGAGAUUUGUGGUCAUAUUUGUUACAUGAUUGUGAUCAAUAUAUGAUCCUUAACUUAUUAAUGGCUCACCAUGAACCUUUUUAAUACUAUAUACAACGGACAAAAAUGAUUUCUUUUUUAAGCUCUGGUAUUUAUUUGACUGGAACAGCUACUGCUUGCUGUGUUAACACACAUGAAAUCAAUUCUUUCUUUUGUGUUCAAACAACACCAUUCACACGUUUGUCGUUGUUGAAUAACUAGAAAUUAAGUCCAUGUAAGCAGCGGCACAUUCGAUUUCUGUGCUGUGUUUGAAUGCCAGUUCUACCCUGUCAUUCCGUGCAGUCUCCUUUAAGUCCAUAAAAUUAUGCUUUUCAGAAAAAUCUGUGAUGGAUUUACUUUGAAGUAGAAUAAAGUGUAUUGUAAAUGUGUUUCUUAAAGCAUGUACUUUUCAGGA